UACUUCAUCAUCAACAUGUUGUUUUCAUUGAAAACUGGUAGUUGUGUAGGAUCUUGAGAACUGUGUAAGUGGAACCCCUAGUAACAAAGUCAAUAUCACUCAUAUUAUCAACCUAGCUACUUUGCUGGCAGGAAAAUGUCAAGAAUUUGUGUAGUGGCUGCAAUUGCAAGCUGUGGGUGGUGUUGAUUGUGUAGUGAUCUUGUGUAGUGUGAGAGGAGGACAGGAGAGCUGCAAGAGGCUAGCUGGCUGUGUGGAGGAUUGUCAUUUCGCAGCAGGCCUUACUACACUGGCCUGCAUUGUCAUCUGACUGACAGGAACCAAGGUGGUAUUUGAAGUGAAGAGAAAAUGGAAACACUGGACUAAAAAUGGAAGGUUUUCCGUAUGAUCCGACGUCAUCAUCUGUGGAUCAAUAUUGGCUGUGCUUGGAGAACUAAUCAGAGCAAGUCGCCACUGCUACUACUACUGCUGUGACUGUCGUCCUCCCUCGUGUGGCAGCUAGUGUUUCAGUCAGUCAGUGCUUGCUGCUGUAGAGGGAGGUGGAGGAGGAGGCUGGAGGCAGUGCCUGGACAGUAUCAAGGAGUACCUGGAUACAACAUUUUCUCUCAACAUGUCCUCCUCUCAUAAACACUGUUAUGCCUCACUCACCAGCCCAUCCAUGACAGAUGCCAUCAACCUACACAACUAUUCCGCACUGAAACUGUCAGUCUUGGUUGCAGAGUUUGCUCAGCAGAUGGCAGCUGCACAUGAGCACUUCUCCAAAGAGAUUCAGUCUGUUAUCGCCACAUUCCGGAGGCGCAACUAUGAUCUCAACAAAGAAAGGCCAGUAGAACAACCUAGCACAAUCUUUAAGGCUUGGGAAUGUCUCCUGCAAGAAUCAGAAAUGGAUGCACAAGCUCACCUUGAUGCAGCCAGCCUGUUGAUCAAGAAUGUAUACAAGCCAUUAGAGAUGGUUUCAUCCUACAAGAGUAGCCAGGCACAAAAGCUCUGUUCAUUCAGGGAUAAUUUUGAAAACGUCCUAAGCAAGUCAGAAAAUAACCUACAACAGGCUGAGCGUGGCUACUAUGACACCUACGAGACCUUCAGUGGCUGUACCAGCGUGCAGGGUAGAGAGGCAGCCAAGAAAGAAAUGUACAAUGCUCACAACGACUAUGUGCUUCAACUGAGGGCUUCCAACAGAAUUGUUGACGAGUUCCAGGAGGUUAUUCCACAAGUAUUGGAAGAACUGGAGGAAAUAUAUAUUGACACCAGUAACACUAUCAAUGUAGCCAUAGAAAGUCACGCCCUCUUGCUGCUCACCAAGGCCAAAGAACAACAUAGAAGAUAUGAUGAUCUACUAAAGAUAUGUCGCCAAGUAAACCCUCAUGUGGACAUUUCCCACUUUGUCAAAACAAUGUGUCAGGAGCAAGGAGCAACCAGUACAUCCAUCCACCACUUCCUCCCUGCUGACCUGGCAGUCUCUACCACUGAGGUUGCAAUGAAGAAUCAACUGAUCAUUGAUGGUUACACAGAGCCAAUUAUAAACCACAAGAGGCAAGAGCUCCAAGAGGCUCAGGAACUCACAUCUUUCAUCAAGCGCAGUCAAGAUGUCACCAGCUCCCUGAUCAAUAUAUGUCAAAGAAACUUAGCAAACCACAUGUAUGCCAAAGUGUAUGAAACUCAAGAGGACUUGUGCCAUAAACGUAAUGAAAUCCGGGUAGCAAACAUGCAGCUUGCUGGAGUUCGAGCACAGAUGGACAUGGUCAUGCCGAAGCAGAAUGGGUCGGUUGUGGAGGGAGUUGACCAACAAGAGGAAGAGUCUGAUAUGAAACACUCACAGUCGUCAUCAGCUAUCAAGGGCAUGUGGAAAAAAGCAUUCAAAAACCUCAAGAGCAACGAAAAACAGACAUCAUUGAAGAAGGGAAGUCUGAGAAGGAAAGACUCCAAGGACCAGGAGGAGGAAGAGUCUGAAGAGAGGGACGAGAUUGAUCCUGUGUACAGUUUGUUGAAAUGUGCUGCCGAUCUACCCAAGGCUUCCAAAGUGUGUGGUAUUCAUUCACAAUGUAGCGGUCACCACAGCAAGCAUGGUGGACAUGGGGACAGCAGUGCCAGCACCUCCAAGACCUCCAGUCCGUCUUCUUCAGGUUCACCAUCCUCUGCAAUGCAUGACCUUGUGGCAAACAGUCUGGGAUCAGACUUCAAGCAAUACUACAAAUUAACAAGCCCUGCCGGCAAAAAGGUUCCUUCUAGUCUUGAAAACUUCUUUUGACCUGCAAGUUAUACCCUUGCUGUCCAAUCUUUUUGAUUGGUCCUUGCUCUCAGCGAUAAGUUGGUGAGGACAACCACUGAUUGACCUGUCACUCACGUUUCAGUGCCGCCCCAGUGGUAGUUCAAUGAUGACCAUGCUAGGCAGCAGUUAAGCGCUAAGCGUGGCUAAGGAAGCACCAGUUGUGCAGUGAGCAUCCAGCAAAAGAGCAAGGAUCGCUUUGUUGGUAGCCAGAGAUGACCAACUUGGACACUGCAUAUCUUGAAGCACAGGCAAUUUCAUCAUUGUGUUCAGUUCCAGUGUGGCUGGAGGCAGACACAUGACACAUGGACUGUGUAUCACAUGCUAAGGCCAUGUCUAAAUGGGGUUGCCCUAAACUUCCUCGCAACUCAACAUCUUGCUGUCUGUUUUAUACAAUAUCUCAAUAGUUUGUUCAUAUUAUGAUUGUCAAUUGAUUUUAAUGGCAUUCUAAUGUAGAGUGGAACUCAGAUGUAGUGUAUUUAGAAUUUGUUCAAACCAAUGUGUGUUAUGUAGACUCUCCCUCUAUUCUAGCCAUAGUUGUGUGAUCUUUCAAAUUUAUAGUAGUUUGAAUAUUAACAGUUCCUCAGUUUAACAUUGAGUUUUAUGAAGACCUCUGGUUGGCAUUUUUAAUGCAUGCAAAGCAUUGUCUGUGAUAGAGGUGGCAUGGAAUAGUGGCCAUAUUGGCUACUUCGUUGGUUUGAGCGGUGAGACACAACCCAAUACCGCCCACCAACACCCGCAAAUGCUCAUGCUGUGGUUCAGGGCAGAAUCUAUACAUAUACAAAUAUAUGUUGGCAUUACUGCUCAGUAUUUUUUUACCUUGAUUUUGGUACUUUUUUAUUCAUUUGUUCCAUAUUUGCCAUUGAUUCUGUGUCAUUUAAGUUUAAUGGGUUGUACUGUGUUGGAACAGUCACAAUUUAUGUCUCCUUUAAGUAUCCACUUGAUGUGUUGUUCUUCAAAGUAUGUUGUUUACUUUCUGGGAUUGUAAGUGGAAGGUCUGUUUCCUGGUAAAUAUUAUAACUGAGAAUUUGUUAUAUUGUUAGAGGAUUUAAGUAAGCCUACCCACAUCACCUGUUAGUCUGUGAUAUCAUUAGAAAGCACAAGGGUAUUAUUGUGAAAGAAAGCGUGGAUGUCAUAGUUGAGGUGUUACUGGAGAGUGCAGAAGGGUUUUCGGGACAGUGAGGAGCAGACAGCACAACAGCCAGAUGCAAAACAUUUUGCAAUGUCAGUAUGUGUGCAGCAUUUACUUUCUAACACAGGCUGUUGACAGAAUAGUGACACAGUUGGAUUUCUGUCCUGAACUAUUGUCAUCUAGACAAGUCACAGAAUACAUGUGCUGGUAAGUUAAGUACUUAUCAACUGAAGCACCUGACAUUGUUUAGCUAGCCCAUUUGCUGACAUUACAAACACCAGCGGGGGGUUUCAUUGAGCAAAAUGAACUUUAAACCUGACAUACACCAGACCAUUAUGAUUUUGAGAUGCACCUGUCUUAAUAUUGGCCAUAUAAACAUUAUCAUAAAGUGGUUUGUCACUUCACAGGUUAAAGGUUAUUCCUUGCCAUCAGACAUCUAUCUAAGGCAUUGAUACUGUGACCAGCAGUAGUGAAUGGGGAAGUGUAUCCCCUCCAUCAUGUCUUGUACUUACAUUCCCUACAAGGUGAGACUGACUGAUGUACAGCUACACCCACAUUACAUGGGGCACCCCACAAACUACAAAUGAGGAAGCAGACUAUUCCUGAAUACAGAGCUGGGUGCCAUCUUUCCCCACUACAGACAAUCACUAUGGCAGCUAGGCCUAUCUAUGCUAAAGUGUACAGUGACCAAAAACAGUUGUAGCUUAACCAUGUAAUGUCUGCUUGAGCACGUCACAAUAUUAUUGCUGCCACCAUACUGCUGCUGUUUCUACUGUGCCCCAUGUCUAUCACUGGGCCUCACAUCAUGUUUCCAACCACUCUAUACUGUCCUCUGUAGCACUUCUUCUCUCUAUGAUACACUGCUGCACUGUGUACUUAGUUGUCUACACAACUCUGUGUCAUUACCUUGCACAUUGUAAAAUGGAUAAUAGAGCUCUGUGGGACACUGUAAAUGUUUUUGUCUUUUUGUACAGGAUACACCAGAGCUCUGUGUAACACUGUAUAUCGUUUUGUGUUUUUGGUGCAGAACACACCAGAGCUCUAUGAGAUACUGUAUGUUUUUGUCUGUUUAUAUAGAACACAUUAGAGCUCUGUGUGACUCUGUAUAUCUUUCUGUGUUUUUUGUGCAGAACACACCAGAGCUCUAUGAGACACUAUAUGUUUUUGUCUGUUUAUAUAGAACACAUUAGAGCUCUGUGUGACUCUGUAUAUCGUUUUGUGUUUUUUUUGUGCAGAACACACAAGAGCUCCAUGAGACACUAUAUAUGUUUGUUUGUACAAACAUAUUAGAGCUCUGUAUGACACUGUACAUCUUUUUGUCUGAUUGAUAAAACCCACCAGAAUUGUAUUGAUUUAGAUAUCCUAUGGCUUGUAUUUAUUUCUCCACCUUAACUGUGUGCUCUGCUAGAUUUAUCCGUGUUUACAUGCAGUAGGUCCAAGAUCCACCAGAAACAUUUAAGGACCUUUCAAGUGACAUGGAGUCCACACAGUGUGGUGGAGACAUUUACACAAAUAUGUUAUAUAUCAUUGUUGUGCUACAAGUGUUGUAUGUGUAUGGUUUUUUCCUCUAUUGUCAAAUAUAUGACAUAUUCCAUCACUUUUCAAUAUUUUUGCACAUGGCUCAGACCUCAAGUUUACCUAUUUUGUCGUGUGGUAUCUACUUUAUGUUUUACUGUUAUAUUGUCCAUCAUAUGAGGAAAUAUGUUUACUUGCAUGAAAUAUAGCAAGAUGUCUUCAAGAAUCAACAAUCUGUAAAUAGCUCAAGUUUCAUACCCUGACAGACAGGUUUUGUUAAUCAUACUACUCUCCAGAAUAAAUCUUUAUUGACA